GCCUUAGUUCCGGUAUCAGGCAGCAACUAGAGCAUUCAGUGGUCGUUACGAUGUUGUUCAGCUGUGGCGCAUUUCCAGCCAGUCUACCAACACAGCCACCUCGUCAGCAGUUGUCACGGAAGGCUUCGAAUCCCUUUAUUUCGAUUUGCAACCGAAACGCCAUUAUAAGGCAAAGAGGCUCCUGCCACCUAGCUCCGAGGUUGGAUUCCAGCGCAAUUUCUCCUGAUUGUUACCUAUAGCAUCAUGCAUAUAUUUUGCCGCCAGAUAGAGGCUCUGUCUACUCGGUCUUGGAGGGCUGUCAUCAGCGGCGACGGCCAAGAGAGGACGAUUGUCCUACAAGAUCCCUUCAAAUUGGAGUCAGAGGAAAAGCUAGUCAAAUGGUACAUUGAGGAUUUUGUAAACACCCCUUUUUCUAAGUACCGCGCUCGUGCAGCAGCAGCAGUGCUUCGGCGCUAUGGCAAAUCGCUGUGGCAGCAACUGGGGAUCGACACCGCAGGAUCAUUAGCGGACUCGGGCUGUCCUCGAACGAUUACAUUGAACAUUAUCCUGUCCGACGAUCAAAACAGCAUUGAUAAGAUCUACUGGGAGUUGCUUGAGAGUUUCGACACCAUCGCUUGUCCCAUAAUUAUCCACAGGACGCUACAUAGCCAUAUCCCGUCAACUGCUCUUCGCCCUAUGCGGACGCUUUCGAUCGAUCGGGUUCGAGUUUUGAUUGUCUCUGCGAGAUCGCAGAAAAGGUCAGAUGUCGACCCUAGGCUAACGAGCCUUCCCCUAGUCCAGACUCUGGCGGGCAACUCCAAUGUCGAUUUGGUAUUUGUACAUUCGGCAACGUUUGAGGAAUUUGAGAGAAAACUGGACUCGACAACUCCAUCUGAGAAGAUCGACCUGGUCCAUUUUGAUCUUCAUGGAAGGGUUGAUCGUGAGAAAGGAUCGGUUCUGGAAUUUUUUGACACGACUACAAAGCAUCGCAAAAGUUACGCCGCUUUUACCGUUGCCAAGGUUCUACAGCGAAAUGGUGUUCAAUGGGCUGUGCUAUGUGCCUGCCGUACUGCACAGACUACCUCAACGUUCAGUCACCUUGCCCUCGAGUUUUUGAAUCACGGAAUCAAUGGUGUCUUCGCAAUGAGAUAUGAAUUGAAAGCCGCCGCUGCCAAAAUUCUAACAUCCUCGUUUUAUGAGGCACUCUGUAAGAAGGGAAAAACCUUCACCGAGUCCGGGUAUGCCGCUCGUCGUGCGUUGCAAGCAAGUACUUCUCGCCCUGCUCGAUUUGACGAGAUAGUCGAGGUGCAAGACUCUUUAGUCCCUGCAAUAUACACGGCGGGCGGAAAUGACUUUCGCUUGGAAGAAUUUACAACUGUGGACAGCAUCGCGGCCAGUUCAUUCCCAAAAUCUUCCCCAUUACCCGAGAUGAUUGGUAGAGAAGAUGACAUCCGUCGGUUAAGCGCUUUGAUGAGAGAGGAGAAGUCAUUUUUGAACGUCGUUAGCGAUAUUGGAAACGGCAAAUCCACCCUGAUGGAGCACUUGACUUGGUGGUGGAAGGAGAUAAAGCUCUUCUCUCGCAUCAUUUAUGUCAAUGUACCUCUGACUAGAUCCGAGCGUAACGACGAUGGCACCUUCGGUUGUCUGGCUAUUGCUAACUGCAUAUAUCGAGCUGUUGACGAAAAUAGGAUCCCGAAUCCUUCGUGUUCUGAUCCUAUCAGAAUUUUAGCUCAGGCCAUGGAAAGCUCAAAGGGCCAGGAUGUCAUCGUGCUACUAGACGGCCUCGACGAAAUCUAUCCUUACUUAUCCAACAACAGUUGUGAAGACACUGCCCAAAGCUGGUCCGAUUUUCUUCGCAUGGCAAAACUUCUGUCCACUACUGGCUUCAAAUUGGUAGUGACAUCUUCUGUUCCCUUGCCAAUUCUUGCAGAUGAGACGAGCGAUUUUUUGUUUGAGCUUAGCACCCGCAUGACAAAUGAGGAGGUUUUACAACUUCUUUAUCCCCCAAAUACAGCAUCUCCGCGGCCAGAACAUUUGAAAAAGUCGACCGAUACACAUCUUCACUGCGUAUUUGAACUUUUGCAAUACAAUCGUGUUGCCCUGAAGAGCCAAUCAAGCAAACUUCGUGGCAAGUUUCACGGACUAGAUGCCAUCCUCUUAUGGGAUGGUGCAUUCGACGAACAUUCGGCUUACGAAGUACGAGCCAACCUGAUGGAAAGCCGAGUUACUGAACUUCAAUCUCUGAAUCUCAAUGACGACUGUGGUCUUGGACGUGUCCACAGUCUCCUUCUGGUAAUUUUGGAUUAUCUGGCAAAGGACAAGCGAUAUGAAGACCUCUGGGCUUUGCUUUCGAUUGGUUUAUGGAUCGAUAUCAUACCGCAUCCAAGCCAAAUAAAGGAAAUUUUCGAAGGAGACAAUCUACAAAUGAGAGUUCCAAUCAUUCAAUAUAUCGUGGACAACAUUCCCAAGUCUCAGCUGGAAAGCUCAUUUCUGCCGUUUGAGCUCUGGUCCAUCACACGGGAGUCGUCCGUCAUGGAGAAAAAAACUCGAAGCAAUUCCCACUCUCUCCCUGUGGUAUCGAAGAUUACCAUGAGUUCCUUGCAAAAUGCGAUACAGUUGCUCAUGGCUGCUAAUCUUAUAACGGGGCAAACAGAAACUCUUAUCGAUGGUAUGAAGGGGUACAAGAUACACCCGGCUGCUACUCUUUGGCUUCGUCGAAUCUUGCUUGUGUUACCCUAUCACACGGUCCUCUUGAACAUUUAUACUUGCAUGGGAAGUAGAGCGUAUCAAAUGGCCGAUCUCAACCCCAAUGAAGCCGAGAUAAAGUCAGGAAACGCGAGUCACCUUCGGGCCAUUCAAUCACCAUCCUUUCCAUUUAUUGAGAGGGAGAAAUGGAAUUUGAUAACGGCCGUUGGAAAAAUGAGACAUGAUGCUGCUCAAUUGCAAGCAAACCUAGCUCUUGUCAGCCCAGAAAACGAUCUCAACUUUGCGUGGCUACCAUUCAUGGUCCUGAUACCGAUCAGCUUCGCCGCACCGGAUUUCUGUCCACUGUUCCUGACACACGUUGCUUUGGAAUACCUGGCGAGCAUAGAGCCUCAAAUCCCUCAAUCCUAUCUCGCCCCACUUCCGGGAGAAAUCACCAUGCUGCCGCUCAUGCAUCUUCUGAUUACCGUCGUUCUCAUGGUGCAGAGAUAUCGAUUGGAUAACGAGCUGCCAGUGCCUCUGCGAAUCCGUCGACUUCUCUUGGCCCGUGUUGAGGCUAUAAGGGACGCUGGUAUAGAUUGUGAUGAGAUAAAUGAAGAUGAGUUUAUUCUGAUGGAGAUAUCGCACUGGCUGAAUGAGGCCGGUAUUGCUAUUAGAUCACCGGAAUGCGAUAAGGUGAAAACCAGCCGAAUUUUCGACAAAGUGAAUGUUCUUAAGCAACAGUGCAAAUCCUCCUGGGAUAUGAGAUUCAAGAUUGCGACCUCGGUCAUGGAAUGCCUUCCGCAAGGCGAAUAUGAUCCUCAGGGAAGUUUGACAAACUAUCGAGAUGAUAACCCUGAGGGCCCCGAGCGCCUUCCAGACCAUGCAUCAAUGCUUCCUCUGGCUUUGCACGCUUUGGUGGGGUCUCUCAUGCCCCCAAGCAAAGGCGAUGGAAUAUCCUCUUCGUCUGAUUGGAUGACAGACAUUUAUUCCUUCAUGGCGGGUGACCUUGAAUUUGAGAUGUCUACGCCCCCUUGGUAUACAGACCAAAUAACUCCCGUUUUCAACCACCUCCGCAACCGCAACAUAGAAAAAGCGUCAGCCGCGGCGCUCCGGGCCCUUGAUACGGCUGAGAAAGACGGCAACAUCCUUCUAGCCUCCAAUCUCCGUCACCUCUGUCGUCGACUUGCCGACUUAGACACCAUUGACGAGUACGACAAGCAACAAACUCAGCUUGCACGGACAGCUGAUAGAUCUGCCCCAUUUUUGCGCGAUCUCUUGUUGAACUAUCUGGCUGGUCACGAUACUCCUGGAGCCUACCAAUAUGUCAAACAUGAGCGGACAAACCUGGAGGCUUCCUUGCCUUUUAUUCGCCAGCUAAUGGCAGUUCUUCCGCAACUCGACCAUGAAACAAUACCGGAGUCAGUCAGCGCCUUUUGGAAGAGCACGCCGCAUGACACUACUUUUAUGGAAAUCGGGCUUAUAGGGAUGGAUCAACUUGCUGAGCUUUUAGAGCCAUUCAAGGACGAGAGACUGGAGGACAAAAUGGAGUGGGUACGACUGGUCCAAGGAAUCUGGGACCUCAUGGAUAAAUUGGUCGACCAAAAUACGCCCAGCGACCGCGCUUGGAUGCUUAAGCUCUACGAAGUAUAUCCAGAGCGGGGAGAUGCGCGAGGCUACUGGCACGGUCGCCGAGACGUUCUCGAUAGUAAUAUGUGGGAAGAUGAUGGUCAUUCACAUCUAAAGGGGCUCAUUUGAGUGAUCGUGGAUAUGCACUGCAUACCCUCAAGAGAUGAAUGUCUGUCUUUCUAAAUCCUCAAGUCUGACAAGGGUGAUUUGGUGUAAGACGACCAAUCUUUGCGCUGAUGAACGAAGG